AUAUAUAAAUUUUUAAAAAUUCUUAAAAAAAGUAUAUUAAAAAAGAAUUGUUGUCUUUUAAAUAUAGAUCUAAAUUUAGCAUAUUAUAAUUUUUAUUUAUAGCUAUAAAUAAAUUGACAUUUUCGUUGAAAAUAUUUUAUUUCUAAAAAAUAUUAAAGUAAAAGGGAAAAAGAAAUGAUACGAGUGCGUUCAUCAUAGUAUGAUGUAAGAUCCAAUGUCAAGAGCGUGUAAAUAGGUGAAGGUAAACGAGUGACUUUUCUCUCUCGUUGAGAGAUCAGACGUGAUUCAGUUUCAAAGUAGUGUCUUGCUCAAGGUACUUUAAAAAUCAAAGAGAAACAUUACGCGUAUCGUGUGAUAAAGUUUAUAUUUUUUUAAUAUUAAAUUUGUGAUUUGUGUAUGUCUAAGAGUUUGAAAAUAUAUUGAUUAAUUUUUCUGCGUUGUUAAAACACGAUUUUAUAUUGUAAAAGAAUGUGAAGUAAUUUUUGUCCAUGUAAAUAAUAAUUCUGGAGCAUGCCGCGCAUUUCUUAUCCUGAAGUUUUGGCAGAAGCUGCAGGUGUGAAGAUCGUAACAUCUCUGCCUGAAGAAGAUGCGGAUUUUCCGUCAGGAAGGAUAGUUCUUAAAAUGCGAAAAAUAAAUGCAGCAUCGGACGUGCAUGAAUCUUGCGGAUUCCAUCUGACCAAAUCGAAAUGGGAUCCCUAUCCGUGGAUCGGUUACGUCGAAAAGAAUAGUCUCGCUGAUCUAGCAGGAUUGAGAACCGGCGAUUGUCUACUGGCCGUUGACGACAUUGAUUUAUUAGGACUAAAAGUCAAAGAUAUCGCUACUUUGAUUUGUAACGAGGAAGGUAUACACGAUGUAAAUUUUUCCAUCUGGCGAUAUCCGCAUCAAAAAGAGGAACAUGAUAUUGGAUUAGCAUUGAAGGGUCCACUUCCGGAUGUGGCUAGAAAUCUUGCAAAUGCCUUAUCAGGAACGGUUCGUGCCUUAGAAUGUCCGAUUUGCUUGGAAAGUGCUGCGCCUCCAGUCUCGCAAUGUGUCCACGGUCACAUCCUGUGCGUUAUUUGCAGACCGAAGACGUCUCGUUGCCCGAUUUGCAGAGUCCGUUUGGGCCAAGGCCGAUGUCUCCUCGCAGAUAAAUUGCACGCAGUGCUUCGCGAUGCUUUUAACGUGAAUAAUGACGAGACGUUAAACAAUACGUCUAUCGCAUCCGAGCAUUGUAAUUUACGCGAGCAACUGUUCGGUAAAAAUAGUAAAAAGCGAGAAACCCCGAGCCUAAGUCGCUCGAAAAAUAAUUGUACUAUGUUGAAACCGAGGCAAUUCUUGUUGGCCAGAUUGUUAUUCGGAAGCAGGGAAAAAGCCGUCUCCGCGGAUAAUCUUACCAGAGUAUCUGGAAUUUCGGAAGGAGCAACGGCGAGUCUCAAUGAAACGACAGACUCCAACAGAUUGUCCUUGAACGAUCGUACCAAAUCAGCCAGUACCGGCGAGUUAUCGAGGGAUAGCGAAGUUUGCAUCAAUGAUUCGUCUUCUCGAAUUGAAGAAUCAUCAGCGACGAACACAGACAGUCGACAGUCGUUGAGUUUGCCGCAAACGCCAAUUUGGGGUGGCUCCACGGAUUCUAUGUCUUGUGUACAAUUAACAUGUCCCCUUUCGCAAUCUUGCAGAGAACUAGUGACGGCUGACUCGUUACUGGAGCACAUCAGGACACAUCCGCUACCACAGAUUCAUUUCUAUUCCGGAAGUGCAAGGAUCCCGCUACCGCUUCCUUUUGGACACGAUGCUUUUUAUAUAUUUCAUCACGGAAGUAACAUAUUCUUCUUUCAGUGCAGAGAUGAAACAGCAUGGAUGACAUGCCCUGCUAAGGUGACAGGAUACACAAUAAACAAUACGUGGGAAUGGACAUUACACGCUUGGGGCGAUGAUGGUACAGAAGUGCAAUUACGAAGACAUGUCGCGAGCCUCGAAGAUCCUUUAACAUUAUCUUCACAACAUAUCGCAUCAAUACCAACCGCAUUAUUGUUGAAGAUUAUUAAUAUAAAAAUAUUAGAGCAUCGAGUUCAUGACAAAUUUUAUGUAUGAAAAGGCUAAAGCAUUCUUUCUUCAUCAUAUUUAUCUCAUUGGCAAUUAAUAUUAAAAUGUAUAUUUCAAAAAUUUCGAAAAAAGAUAAAAUCGUUUAUUUCUUAUUGAUGUGCCAGUUUAACAAGUGAAGAACACAUCGUAAUUGUGUAUUAUUUUGAAUAUAAAAUAGAUUUUAAAAUUAUACUUAUUGUAAUGUAAUAUCAAAUUGUUUUACAUAAGCAAUGUACCUUAAGAGUAAUCGAUCAAAAAGAACAUCAAUGUUAAUAUAUGAUAUUUAACAUGCAAUAAUGACAACUUAAAAUUAUAUAUAGGCACUAAUAACUAACUUAAAAACUAAUAUGCAUUAAUAAUUACAAUUAUUAAAGUGUAACAUCAAAUUGUCUUAGAUAAACGCAUGCAGGGUAAACGAAAUAUAUCGAAGAAGAAAACCUCAA